AUGCUAAUGUUCAUAAAAUCGUCCGUUUGGAAAAAUUUGUUCGGCAAGGAAGCUGACAAGUUGGAGCGCUCGAACGACGACCAAUGCACAUAUCUUCUGAUAGAGAAAGAACCUGUCGUAAAUACUUUCAUAUCUGUGCCGAAAGACAAAGGAAUGCUGAACUGUGCUGCGUUUGUUGCUGGUAUCAUUCAGGCUAUGCUCGAUACUAGCAAUUUUCCUUGUCAAGUAUCGGCACAUUGGUGGAACAACGGGACCGCAUAUGUGAUUCGUUUCGAAGAGAUUGUUAUUUCUCGUGAAGCUGCGAUUGUGGAUGGGCCAAGAUAG